AUCUUUUUAGAUCACAGAAAUACACGAUUGACGAGGCAACUUUUAACCGACCGACGCUUGUGGCGCGAGAAUGUUACACGUUCAACUUUUCGAAAUUUCAAAAUGGCGCGUCCGAUUGAUUGCUACGGUUAGACAAGCGGACCGUGUAGACACCACGAAAUCGGAGAUGUAUAUAUUGCGAAAAUAUAUCGAGGUAUCGACGGAUCAGCGAUAAGAGCGCUGGUUUCAUCUGUUAACCACUAAGAGAGAGCUUAUUGCUGUCAAUAACGAGGAACGGAGUUCAUUCAGUGAGAAAGAAAACACAGUGAGAUCAAGGUGAUCGUGCUCCUCCGUAUGACAGACGGAACUGUCAUAUUCUACCGAAGUGUACAUUUAUCCCCGAAACUUUCAAAGACAGCGACACAACUAUGGCGAUGGGCAAAGGAUUUCGCGUCUACGAAAAGUUAAAACCACCUAGCCCACAUUCACUCAUAUUAGAGCAACGAAAUCGAAAGGAAACUGUUCUUUUCGAAUCGCAGGCAGUCGCUGUUCUUUCUGCUGAAGAAACAGAAACUUUGAAAGGGAAAUACACAAAAUUAUUAGACGCAUAUGGAUGCGUAGGUGUCUUGCAACUAAACGCAGGCGAAAAUACAUUGUUGUACCUUGUUCUUGUCACUGGCUGUUUCUCAGUUGGUAAAAUAGGAGAGUCUGAAGUGUUUAGAAUUACACAAACACAUUUUGUACCGCUUCAUUAUACGCAAAGCAAUGAGGAUCGUGUAUCUGAAGUUAGAAAAGUUCUUAACUCCGGUACAUUUUAUUUUUCUUGGUCCGCUAAUCAAGAACCUCUUGACAUUACCCUUAGUGCACAGAGGAGAUGUAAAUCUACAAUAACUGACAAUAGAUUCUUUUGGUUAGUAUAUAUUAUGCGUAUUAUAUAUGGAGUGGAUACAUCUCAUUGGUUACUUAAAGCUAUGUGUGGUAGUGUGGAGAUUCGAACUGUAUAUGUUGGUCACAGGCAAGCUCGUGCUGUCCUUAUGUCUAGAUUAAGUUGUGAACGAGCAGGCACAAGGUUUAAUGUCAGAGGAACUAAUGAUGAUGGUCAUGUAGCAAAUUUUGUAGAAACAGAGCAAGUAAUAUAUUUAGAUAAUGAAAUAACAUCCUAUGUGCAAACUAGAGGAUCAGUUCCUUUGUUCUGGGAACAGCCUGGUAUUCAGGUUGGUUCUCAUAAGGUGAAAAUUUCUCGUGGUUUCGAAGCUUCCGCACCGGCCUUUAAUAGGCAUUUAAAUAUGAUCAAAGAAAGGUAUGCACAACAAGUGAUUGUCAAUCUCCUUGGAUCUAGUCUAAUUGGGAGCAAAGAAGGAGAAGCAAUGUUAAGUCAGUUAUUCCAAACUCAUCAUAAUAUGUCAGAACAUACUGAUGUACCUCAUAUUCUAUUUGAUUAUCAUCAAGAAUGCAGAGGUGGAAAUAUGAAAAAUCUUUCAAAGUUGAAAGCGAAAGUAGAUAAAUAUUUAGAAUCAUUUUCUUUGUUUUAUGCGGCUGGUAAUACUGUCAUUCUUGAACAAACAGGAACUAUUAGAACAAAUUGUCUUGAUUGUUUGGAUAGAACAAACUGCGUGCAAACAUUUUUUGCACUGGAAAUACUUGGCAAACAACUAGGAUUAUUAAAGUUACUUGAAAAACAACAGAUGGUUUCAAGAUUUGAAGAAGUAUUUAGACAAAUGUGGAUCAAUAAUGGUAAUGAAGUAAGUAAAAUAUAUGCUGGCACUGGGGCAAUUCAAGGAAGUUCAAAAUUAAUGGACGGUGCAAGAUCCGCAGCUAGAACAAUACAAAAUAAUUUAUUGGACUCCAGUAAGCAAGAAGCUAUCGACAUUUUACUAUUGGGAUCAACUUUAAAUACUGAAUUAGCGGAUAGAGCUCGAUUACUUUUAUCUUCAAAUAUGUUACAUGCUCCACCGAGUGUUCUCAGAGAAAUGUGUAAAAGAUAUAAUGAAUAUGUCACUACAAUGAAUCUUAGAAUAGCUUUAGUAUCAGUUGAAUACGACAAUAUUCCUGUAGAUAUAUUUGCAGUAGGAUUUGAAGAAAUUGUUGAUUUAAAUGCUAGCAAUAUAAUGGCUGCUAGUACUGAUAAUGCAAAAGCUUGGGCAGAGGAAUUACAAAAAGUACUUUCCCGAGAUGCUGAAUAUGUUUUAGUCACAUAUCAACAACUAGUUGGUGUUUGUCUCUAUUUAUUUAUACGACCUGAACAUGCACCUUAUUUAAGAGAUGUAGCUGUAGAUUGUGUAAAAACUGGAUUAGGAGGUGCAACAGGAAAUAAAGGAGCUGCAGCUAUUAGAUGUGUAUUGUAUUCCACAUCUUUUUGUUUCGUUUGUGCACACUUCGCUGCUGGACAGUCUCAAGUGAAUGAACGCAAUGCAGAUUAUGCAGAAAUUACGCGAAAAAUUACCUUCCCUAUGGGAAGAACGUUAAAUACUCAUGAUUACGUAUUUUGGUGUGGAGAUUUCAAUUAUAGAGUUGAUAUGGAUAAAGAUGAAAUGAAAGAAAUGAUCAAAAGAAAUGAAUUUGAUCAAAUAUUACAAUAUGAUCAGUUAAAGGUUCAGCAGGAGCAAGGAAAUGUGUUUAAAAAUUUCUUGGAAGGUCCUAUUGCUUUUGCUCCAACAUACAAAUAUGAUCUUUUUUCUGAUGAUUAUGAUACUAGUGAAAAAUGUCGACAGCCUGCUUGGACGGAUAGAGUAUUGUGGAAACGUCGAAAACAAGUACCUGAUAUCGAUUCUCCUACAGAUUGGAAUCCUGGAAAAUUAAUUCAUUAUGGUAGAGCAGAAUUGAAACAAAGUGAUCACCGACCAGUUAUUGCCUUUAUAGAUGUAGAUAUUCAUUGUAUUGAAUCCGAAAAACGCGAACAAGUAUUCAAAGAAGUGAUUCAAGAUUUGGGUCCACCUGAUGGCACUAUAGUAGUAAAAGCAGUUGAAGAAUCGGAUGAUAUGGACAAUGUGUUUGAUGAAAAUUUUAUGAUGGCGCUAUUACAAGAUUUUUCUCAUAUUGGCGAAGUAAUUCUCGUCAGAUUUGUCGGUGAAACUAUCUGGGUAACAUUUCGAGAUGGACAAUGUGCUUUGUCAGCAGCAAGAAAAGGCAUGACUCAAGUAUGCGGUCAAACUUUGAAAUUAUCUUUGAAGUCUCCAAACUGGGUGCAGCUAAUUGAAAAAGAAAUAGAACUUUGCAGUAAUACUACAGUUGCGCAGUUCGUUUCAAAUUCUCCAAUGAAAAGCCCUAUUCAAAGAUUGGAACAAUUAGAUAUAGGAGAACGAUCAUCUCCUAGUAGAGGUAGCCCAAAUGGAGCAAUUCCUCCACCCAGACCAGCUCCACCAGGUCGUCCAACUCAACCACCAAAAAGUCCAGUACAAGAUCGAAAAGGACCACGAGCUGGCGUAUUUAGCGUGUUACCCAAUCAAUUCCCAGCGCCUUUAUCUAAAGAAAGGAUAGAAUUUGAGCAAAGAUUAUCUCCGGAAUCUGCAAUUUAUGAAGAAAUUUUGGACGGAUCGCCUAAUUAUCCUAUACCAAAUCGUCCACCACCGCCAUUACCUCGUACGGACCCUUCGCAAGAAUCAUCUAGUAGACCACCCAAUUCUAAACCACCCCCAUUACCUCAAAGACAAGCUCCUCCUCCUCCCCAACAUCCACCGCCAAGUUUACCUGCAUCGAAUGUUCCACCGCCAAUUCCGGCAAGAACAUCAGGUGGACCACCCAUUCCAGCUAGAAAUCCACAUUAAACAUUAAAAGCGAUUUAUAUUGUUUUGGAAUCAACCCGUUAUAUAUCAUUGUGUAGCUAAUUAUGUAUAAAUACCAAUAGAGAUUAAAAAUAGAAUAGAUCGCUUCCAUAUAAUGUUGUACAGCUGUGUAGCAUAUCAUAAACCUCAAGUCUGUUCUGUGAUUAGUCAAAUUCAAUUUCCAGGCACUGUAAAAAUUAAUGCUUCCUAUUGUGCAUAUUCCUACAAUAUUUUACAUGUAAACAAGUUUACCUCAAAGAUUUGAUUAUAUGUCAGAAUAUAUGCAAAGUUUAGAAAUAUAUGUAGUUAAAAACUUCUUAAUGAUCGUUGAAGCAAAUGAAAUAAUAAUUAUGUUAUGAGAUUUCUGGUUGUUGAAAAUGUUACGUUAAAGCAUAUAAGCUUCUGAAAAAUUUAUUGUGGCUAAAAGUAAAAAAGAAAGUAAUACUAUCAUAUUGUUAUACUAAGUCGUUGUUCUUAGUAUACUGUUAUAGUAUAUUUUAAUGACACAUUAAUUUUAUAAUCAAUGUUUAAAAAAUGAUUUAUUGUCUAUAUUUUUAAAAUAGAUAAUUAACAUAAUUUCUGAAAAUUAAAUGAAGCAUAAUUUAUGUUUAGUUAUAAUGAGCAAAAAUAAAAGACUCAAAUAACAGUAUUUUUACAAAAUACUUUCCACAAGUAUAUAUAUAUAUAUAUAU